AUGGGGCCGGCUCUGCCAACGCCAGCCCUCCACCUCCCUCCCCCUGAGGCCUCUGCGGCUCUUUCCACACCCCACCUCCUCCUGUCCCCCAGCUGUGGGGAUCUGGAUUCAGUCUCGGUCCUCGCUGACCCGUGUCCCACCCCGCUCUGCCCCCGAUCGCUCUGUCCCCUCUCCGGCCCUGUCCGAUCGCUCUGUCCCCUCUCCGGCCCUGUCCGAUCUCGCUCUGUCCCCUCUCCGGCCCUGUCCGAUCGCUCUGUCCCCUCUCCGGCCCUGUCCGAUCGCUCUGUCCCCUCUCCGGCCCUCCCCCCGAUCGCUCUGUCCCCUCUCCGGCCCUGUCCGAUCUCGCUCUGUCCCCUCUCCGGCCCUGUCCGAUCGCUCUGUCCCCUCUCCGACCCUGUCCGAUCGCUCUGUCCCCUCUCCGGCCCUGUCCAAUCUCGCUCUGUCCCCUCUCCGGCCCUGUCCGAUCUCGCUCUGUCCCCUCUCCGGCCCUGUCCGAUCUCGCUCUGUCCUCUCUCCGGCCCUGUCCGAUCUCGCUCUGUCCCCUCUCCGGCCCUCCCCCCGAUCGCUCUGUCCCCUCUCCGACCCUGUCCGAUCGCUCUGUCCCCUCUCCGGCCCUGUCCGAUCUCGCUCUGUCCCCUCUCCGGCCCUGUCCGAUCGCUCUGUCCCCUCUCCGGCCCUCCCCCCGAUCGCUCUGUCCCCUCUCCGACCCUGUCCGAUCGCUCUGUCCCCUCUCCGGCCCUCCCCCCGAUCGCUCUGUCCCCUCUCCGGCCCUGUCCGAUUGCUCUGUCCCCUCUCCGGCCCUGUCCGAUCUCGCUCUGUCCCCUCUCCGGCCCUGUCCGAUCGCUCUGUCCCCUCUCCGGCCCUCCCCCCGAUCGCUCUGUCCCCUCUCCGGCCCUGUCCGAUCGCUCUGUCCCCUCUCCGGCCCUGUCCGAUCUCGCUCAGGCUGCUCUAACUGCCUUACCCGACCAGUCCUGUAAAUAUAAGUACACAGAAAUUAUUGGAAUCGCGGUUGAAAAGUGUAUCAUAAAAAAAAAAUAAAAAUUUUGACAUUUA